AUGUGCACUGGUGCUGAAUCUCGAAGAAUAGUAGAUGGUGACAUUGUGAUUUCAAAGGGUGGAGGAGAAUACAAUGAGGGGGGAAUGAGAACAAGAGAAGGUAGUGGUGAAGGAGCAAGAAAUGUUCAAGGCCUUCUUCAACGUUUACAUCACCUCCUCAGAGCCCUUCUCCCUACCCUUUCUCUCUCUGAGGUGAAAGAAGAGUUUAAAUCACUGGUGAAAAUUUCGUGUCCAAUAAUGAUGACUAAUACACUUAUAUACUCUCGAUCUGUCGUUUCUAUGCUCUUCUUGGGUCGCCAAGGGAAAGUAGAGCUAGCUGGAGGUGCACUUGCAAUUGGGUUUGCGAACAUCACUGCCAAUUCAUUCCUAAAGGGUCUUACUAUGGGAAUGGAUCCAAUUUGUUGCCAGGCAUAUGGAGCAAAGAGAUGGUCAGUUCUUAGCCAAACCUUUUGCAAAACCUUGUGUCUACUCCUUCUUGUUGCCAUACCCAUUUCACUAUUAUGGCUAAACAUGGGACCCCUUCUUCAAUGGCUAGGCCAAGACCCUGAAGUCACAAAAGUUGCCCAAGUUUACAUGGUUUUCUCUAUCCCAGAAUUGCUUGCUCAAGUUCAUCUAAACCCACUAAGGUCCUUCCUAAGAACCCAAGGCUUAACUGCCCCACUAACUAUAGCUGCCUCUUUUGCAGCCAUUUUACACCUUCCCAUCAAUUAUUUCUUGGCAACAUAUUUAAAGUUAGGGGUAAAAGGCAUUGCAUUAGCCACAGGUUUUAAUUCCAUAAACAUGAUUUUAGGGUUGGUUCUUUAUCUUCUUGUGUCAAAGAAACCUCUAAAACCAUGGGAAGGAGCUACAAUUCUCUCUAUUCUCCAUGAUUGGAGACCAUUACUAAGCCUAGCAUUGCCUAGUUGCAUUUCAGUGUGCUUAGAGUGGUGGUGUUACGAAAUAAUGCUUUUUCUAUGUGGUCUGUUAAGCAAUCCACAGGCCACGGUUGCUACCAUGGGUGUGCUUAUUCAAACAACUGGGUUCUUAUAUGUGUUCCCAUUUUCAAUAAGUGCUGCAUUGACAACAAGAAUUGGUCAUUCAUUAGGUGCGGGACAACCUUCUCGUGCCCAAAGUACUGCCACUGUAGGCCUUUUCUUCGCAUUUGGCUUAGGGGUCUCAGCCUUCAUUUUCUUGAUGUUUAUGAGGAAAAUGUGGGGGAAACUUUUCACAAGUGAGGUACAAAUUGUUGAUAUGGUCACUACCAUACUUCCAAUUUUGGGGUUGUGUGAGAUUGGUAAUUGGCCUCAAACUGCUGCAUGUGGGAUUUUAACAGGAACUGCACGCCCUUAUGUGGGUGCAAGAAUAAAUUUGUGUGCAUUUUACUUAAUUGGAUUACCAGUUGCAAUUUUUGCUGCUUUCAUACGUAGAUGUCAAUUGAGGGGUUUGUGGCUUGGAAUGUUAGCAGCACAAAUAUCUUGUUUUUGUAUGAUGUUGUACACAGUGAUACAAACAGAUUGGGGGCACCAAAGUAAGAGAGCUGAACAACUAGCUCAAAGAACAAUAGAGGAAGAAAAUGUAAAUGAUGAGGAAAGUGGGCUCCUUAAUUCUGAUUUAUGA